CACCAUGCCCACUUCCACGCCGUCCAUGUCCCCGCUGCGCUGCAGCUCGUGGCGACGACAAAUCAUUCGAUUGAAACCGGGAGAAGGCUGACAAGAUGUCGUCGACUUCCCAGCGGGUGCUGGACUAUCUAGAACAGCAACCAGGCACGACUUUUACGAAACUCUACCAGCAACCAUCGACUGCCUUGGCCGUGUUCCGUCGCAUGCUGCCUCACAUGGCCAAAGUCCUCGUCAUGGCUCUGCUGUAUACACAUGCUCCUACCCCCGUCACGGAUAUCGACAUGUUAUUCAAGACUGGAUCGGACACCCAGCAGGUCAAAGAUCGCGCUCUGAGCAUCCUACAACGGCUGAGGAUUUUGGUUGAAGAGGUGGAAUCUAUGCGAUCGGUGUACAAGCUUUCACCGGCUUUCGCGCGGAGUCUCCGGCAGGCUUUGACGGGUGGUGGGAAGGACCAUCGAUCGUUCGGUGUACCGAGUUCUACGCCGGAUAAGACUGUGGUCACUCUGGAUUACCUCGAUACCUUUGCGCGGCAACAAUGGGAGUCGAUUCUGUACUACGUUGUAGGGAGCGCCGGGGGCCAACUUGCAGGUGGCAGUCGACAAGCUCCGGUCUCGAGUGGGACGGCGUCGUUGUUGGCGCAGGGCAAGUUCGUCUCUGUGCGUGGUAACACCCGGGCCAUCACACAAGCGGGCUUCACGUUUCUCUUGCAGGAGGUGAAUGCUCAGGUCUGGAUGCUUCUGAUUGUCUAUUUAGAAGUAUCACCGCAGUUACAAAUGGAUCCCGUCGACGUCCUAGCAUUUCUGUUCACUUUAGGCUCAUUAGAGCUCGGAGUCUCCUACAGCACGUCCAACCUCACGCCCACACAACAACGCCUCCUCGAGGAUCUCUCGGACUUCGGACUCGUCUACCGUCGUCCCUCCGACUCAACGCGAUACUACCCAACCCGCCUCGCCACGACUCUGACCUCCGACGCCCCCGCCCUCCCCAACAACACGCUCGUCACCACGGCCACGAAAUCCUCCGCGCCGCUCGACACCCUGGCCGCGUCCGCCAACGACCGCGGCUACAUCCUGCUCGAGACCAACUACCGCUUCUACGCCUACACCUCGUCCCCGCUGCCCAUCUCGAUCCUCUCCCUCUUCGCCACGCUGCACACCCGCUACCCGAACCUGAUCACGGGCAAGAUCACCAAGACGUCGGUGCAGUCCGCGAUCGGCAUGGGGAUCACGUCGGCGCAGAUCAUCGCGUACCUGAGCGUGCACGCGCACCCGCUGCUCCGCGCGCAGGCGUCGCAGCACGGCAGCCCGAUCCUGCCGCCGACGGUCGUCGACCAGAUCCGGCUGUGGCAGAUCGAGGGCGAGCGCAUGACGACCUGGCAGGGCUUCCUGAUCAAGGACCUCGCGACCGAGGAGGACUACGAGAAGGCGGUGGCCUACGCCGAGGCGCUGGGCGUGCUGCGCAAGGAGUUCCGCGCCAAGCGCAUGUUCUUCGUCACCCGCAUGGAGCAGAUGGGCACGUACUUCAAGAGCGUCGCCGCGAGGAAGAAGCAGGAGGCCGCCGCGAGGGAGGUCGCGGCGAGGGAGGCGGCGAAGAAGGAGGUCGGGUUGUGAUGCGAAUUAGGAGGGGGCAGGGGCGUUUGUUUAUUCUUGGGGGUUGUUUCUCUUGUCACGGUCGUGUGUGCACUAGAGGGGGUGAUUUUUCUGGUGUGCAAAUAGAGACGAAAUUUAUUCAUAGGGGGGUACACGAAAGAAAUGUAUUGAUAUUGUACUUUUUGGGGGCCUGUGUCGAUCGCAUCUGCUACUACUGCUGCUACUACUGCUGCUGCCUCCAGUCCAUCUUCACGUC